CCCCUUCGUCUCUCUCCAUUCCUCCCCUGCACUCUUUAACUAGCAUCAUGGGCAAAGAGGGCGAUGUCCGGUCUCAGGGGAGGAUGGAGAAUUACACCUCCUACUGGGAAAAGGAUUCAAAGACCGAUACAGAGGCGGAGAAGGACCACCGGCUGAACAACUACACCGAGCUCAUCAACGGCUAUUAUGAUGGUGCCACAGAGUUGUACGAGUACGCUUGGGGGAAAAGCUUCCACUUCUCUCGUUUUUACAAAGGCGAAGGUUUCUAUCAGUCGCUGGCCAGACACGAGCACUAUCUUGCUGCUCAGAUGGGGCUUCGUCCAGGCAUGCGUGUUCUCGAUGUUGGAUGUGGUGUUGGUGGUCCGGCCCGCGAGAUCGCCCGUUUCAGCGACGUCAAGAUAGUAGGGAUCAAUAACAACGAUUUCCAGCUCUCGCGUGCUCGCAAGUACACUGAGGAAGCCCAGCUCUCCCAACAGAUAAGGUAUCAGAAGGGUGACUUCAUGAAGCUCGAGGAGAUCUUCGGGUCCAACAGCUUUGAUGCCGUAUAUGCUAUUGAGGCAACUGUGCAUGCGCCAAGCUUUGAGGGUAUCUACGGAGAGAUUAUGAAAGUAUUGAAGCCUGGUGGAAUAUUUGGUGUCUAUGAAUGGACGAUGACAGACCGGUAUCAACCGAAUAAUCUCGCCCACAAACGGAUCGCAACCGAUAUCGAGAUUGGCGACGGUAUCCCGGAAAUGAGGACAAGUGCCGACGCCCGCGAAGCGCUGAAGACCGUUGGCUUCGAUAUUCUGCAUGAAGAGGACCUUGCGGACCGUCCGGAUCCGAUUCCGUGGUAUUAUCCAUUGGAGGGCGAUCUCAGCAAAGCUCAGACUACGUGGGACUACUUCACAGUGUGGCGUAGCACUUGGUCGGGCCAAAUCGUUACCCAUUCGGCGCUCUGGAUUCUGGAGUUGAUCGGCGCCGUACCCAAAGGCACUGUAGAGGUGGGCGAGUCAUUGAAGAGGGCAGGAAGAGGGCUGGUAGCAGGGGGCCAGAUCAAGAUAUUUACUCCCAUGCUCCUGUUCAUCAGCCGCAAACCCGAGUAGAGGCACACAAUUGUGUCAAAGGACUUUUUUCGCCCUCCGUAUAUACCCGCUAGAGAAAUCACGCUUGACACAUUUGCCCCUGUCCGUGCACUACGGUGUUGAGUGCAGUGUGAUCGAUCAUGAACGGUCCGAAGGGGCCCAGAUGUGAAGGCGAUGUUGGGCAUGCCUGAAACGUUCAGUCCUACAAAACUAUCGUAAUUGCAACGACAUAG